UCACCAUGGCAACAGACCUAAUUACCCAAUCAAAAUGAAGAUAAAAACCAACGAAAUCCAUCAUCUGCCUCAGGUGUUCGCGUUGCCUUAAAAUAGUUUUUAAUCCCCAAGAAAAACUUUGUGGUUGUUAUUCAGCUGAUUAAAGGCCUUUUAUCGGCGAGAACCUUAGAAAUGAAAAGCAAAUAUAAUAUUCAGUUUGAAAUUUAGAGGAUAAGCUUUAUAUCUGAUCAAUCUUACGACAGCUUUCUCUCAACAUCGCUGACCUCAGAGUAAUUCUUAGCGUGCCAAUGUUAUUUUCUUUUCAAUAAUUCACUUUUUUGCAUGCUCGUUGCUUUAACUGACUCAAAUAAACUUAACGGAUGAUUGACACUAUUUGAAUUAAUUUUGACACUCCAUCAAUUUAUCACCUUGACUUUUCAGCAGUAGCGACAUAAUUUGUUUUCCUUCCUGUCACCUUUGCGAUAGAACAGCUUUAAUUAAAAUUAUUAAAGAAGCUCCCUCGAAGUCUUGUUUAAGCCACACCGUACAAAAUUUCUUGCUGUGCUUGCAAUAUGAGGCUUGCGUUGGUCUUUGGAGUUUGUCUGACGCUGGUUUUUUUAGUUGAAUCGUUCGUUGAGGAUGAAUUUGUGGAAGAUGAAGAGGACGAAGAAAAUGAAUCCCGCCAUCAUUUACGUAAGUGCAAGGUAGAUGAAGAUUGUAACACUGGAGAGUGCUGCAGGACUUAUGGACACUGGUGGUGGUACAGGUCCAGGUGUUUUGCUCAGAGAAAAGAGAACGAGAGAUGCCUUGAGAAGACUUCGAAAUAUUCCUGCCAUUACGGUUGCGCAGAUGGCCUGGAGUGUCGACGAUCAGGUCCACCGAGUCCACCAGGCGCAAAACCUCCUCACCCCCACCGGCCUCGGCAUCCUCACCCGCAUCACCGCGGCAAAUGCGUGCGCCCUCUUCCGCCAACCGAAGAGCCUGGGUCCGGGGAUAUGGACGACUUCUGAGCGUGAAUCAGUUCAUUGAAAUCUCGGUUGUUUUGUGGAUUAUUAGUGCUGGGUUUUUGAAUGGAGAAAUAUAUUGUCCGCUUGAUCAAUAAAGAAAGAGUCAGUUUAACGUGUGAGAAUUCUUUGGUUUUAACAAAAAUUGAAUCAAUGAUAUUGUAAUGACGGUUCUUACUAAGUCAAUCGUCACACUAAUUUUCAUAUGAUUUCCUGAGACAUUAAAAUCCCGCUUCUUUGGAGCCCGAUGAUGCCAGGAUAAAAAUAAAACUAAAAAUAAAAUAAAAACAUAGUGCCCUCCUUUCAAUAAGCACCCCCUUUCUUCCUUCCCUCCCUCAAAAAGGUAUAACCCCCUCCCCUUUGAACGUAGUUAGCGCUCCCUAUACCAAUAAACUCCCUUAAUAAGCCACCCAACUAAUUUUUCAACUACAACUCUUCAGAGUACAUUGAGAUCACCCGUCCAUGGUUUAUUUUCCUUCUGCAUAGCUUAAAUCAUACCCGCAUUACAAAGCAGUUGUCCUGAUUGCUAUUUUCACAAGAGAGCUGCACUAUUCCUUCAAACGAGAGAUUCUCUUUCGUUUUACACAGUUGAGUGCUCAAUCAGUAAAGUAAAAGCACCCCAUCCCUAAUAGGCGCACCACCGUUAGCCCUCAAAAUAAGCUAAGCACCCCGGAUGCUAAAUCGAAUCACUACGACAUUACAUUUACGGAACAACAAUGACAAUAUUGCUAAUGUUUUUUGAUUCAGAAACAAUUGACUGACUUAAUUGUGUUUUGAUAUCUAAAAUUAACUGAAACGAUGCGAGGUCAUGAUUUUUUUGGAAUGGUACCGGUGCCCUUAGAAUAUAUGAACUGAUUGAAAACAACGACAAGAACGUUAACUGAUUUGGGUGGAGAAAACAUCUUUCAAGGACCAUCUUUGUUACCUGUUCUCAUUUCUUUUUUUCGCUCUAAAAGCAAAUACUCAUUGAUAUACUAAACCUACCGAUGACAAUCUUAUUUGUUUAGACAUGAUUUCCACAUAUUAGCUGUUAUUGUU